GCUGUUUUACUGUCAGGGACUUGUAGGACAGCUGCUUUAUCAGAUCAUUUUGUACAUGUUCCAAGUUGGCACAAGUUCUGUCAUUAGCCAGGGCCAAAGUUCUGAGAUAUAAGCCUGUGAGUGUAUCAAAGAGACAGUGAAGAUGAGUUGCCCCAGAUGUGGAAAAGCUGUGUACUUUGGAGAGGAGGCCAAAGCACUUGGCAAGAAAUGGCACAAGACUUGUAUGAACUGUGCACAGUGUAACAAGAAGUUAGAUAGUUUUACCAUCAAUGAACACGAGGGAGACAUCUAUUGUCGAGGAUGCAGUGCGAGGCUGUUUGGCACCAGUCCUCCAUUGAAUAAUUCCUCCAGUCUCUACACUAAUGGAAGGAAUAGAACUGCCAAUCGUUUCAUGAAGGAUAAACUUCCUAGUGUUGAUGAUUAUGCUAUAUGCACUGUGUGGCGCCACGUGACCAGUCCUCCUGUCAAGAUGAACAUAGGUGGUGGUGACCGCUGCCCGCGCUGUGGUAAGGCAGUCUACCAUGCAGAGAAAGUGGUGGCCAAUGGCAACUCGUGGCACAAGCUCUGUUUGACAUGUGCUAAGUGUAAGAAGCUUCUCGAUAGUACUACUUUGACUGAGCGUGAAGGGGAGGCCUAUUGUAAGAACUGCCAUGGAAAGCUGUUUGGACCCAAGGGUUAUGGCUAUGGGGGUGGUGCAGGUACCCUGUCCAUGGAUACUGGAGAACGAACUUAUGAACCAACCAGGAGCAAUGUUCCUGCCACUGCUGAGGCCUACAAUGCCCCAAGAAGAUUGAGUACUGGUCAGCCCCCUAGCAAUGGUGGAGGAAUGAAGUUUGGCGGAGCUGACAAGUGCCCUAGAUGUGGACAGAGCGUGUACGCUGCAGAGAAAAUGAUUGGAGCUGGAUCGUCCUGGCAUAAGAGUUGCUUCAACUGUGCCAGCUGUAAGAAGAAGUUGGACUCCAGCAGCUUGUCAGAUAAGGAUGGGGAGAUCUACUGCAAAGCUUGCUAUGGAAAACACUUUGGGCCCAAAGGUAUUGGUUAUGGCAUUGGAGCAGGAACAUUACAGACAUGUUCUCAAGAGAAAGUGUUAAAAGGGGAAAACUUCUUUCUGGAACACCCCUUGAUAAAUCCAGACUUCUUAAGACGGAACAAGCAGUGUGCAAAAAUAACUCAAAUACCUGACCGAAUAGCGGCGCACUGCUGUCUUUCAGGCAAGACAGACAAAGAAAAAAGCGAAGGAGUUUCAUCUUGCAUCUUUGAAGAUUCCACCAUGUUUAAACCUGUAGCUGCUCCAAAGUGUAGAGCAUGUGAGAAAUCUGUAUAUGCUGCUGAGGAAAAAAGCGGAGCUGGAUUUAAAUGGCAUAAAGCAUGUUAUCGCUGUGGCAUGUGUAAGACCAACUUGGACAGCAACAACUUGGCAUGCCAUGAUGGCUGGAUCUUCUGUAAAAAGUGUUAUGCCCGACAGUUUGGUCCCAAAGGGUGCGGCUUUGGCGCGGGGGCAGGGGCACUCCAUACAGAUGAUGGGGCCCAGUUCUCAGGGUCCCGUAACCAAGGUGGAAUGGGCUCUAACUUCUAAUUAGAAUGACAUAGCCUAACAUAACACUGGCAGAUACACCAAGGCUCAAUUUUCCUACUUUUGUGAAUGAUUUAACAACUUGCAGAAAAAAAAACUUAGACCAAGAUGAAGCAUCAUGCACAGUGGUUAUAGUGAAUUUCGUCUGUUUUGCAGAGAAGUUGAAAUAGUGUUGCAGAUAUGCUAAAAAAAA